AACGACGCCUCUCGUUCUAGACCUGGAUUGCUAUACUCUCUGGUGGAUUAACAAUAUGAACUAGUGUAAUUAAUGGUGUCUGUAUUUAUGAAUGAAUGGGGAAAUUACAAGUGAGAUUUAUGUAACCUGGAAAAUAAUGGCGAACCUCCAAUGGAAAAUUUUGGCAAGUGUUUACAUAGCGACCAAGCUCAUCUUCACCCCACUGAUAUGGGUUGAGCAAUAAACUACCCGUGUCCGUUACUCUGUCCGUGGAUGACCCAAAGUGUUCGUGGAUGACUUAGGUUAUCCACAUAAAUCAUCAUUGUGUCUGCUGAUGUACUCAAGUAUCCCUGGAUGACCCUAGCAGGCUGUAUCCCUGAAUCGUGUGGUCAAGUCAGGGCUCUGGACUAUGUGGUACCACCGAGGCAUUUACCACGUUAAUCCCAAGCAGCCCAGCAGACAGUCAAGUUCCUGGUCUUGUCUUGAAACACUAACGUCCAAAGUGGGAGGUGAGGUCGGCCCGAUGGGUGCUGGGGCCACAUUUGGGGAGUCUGUGCUCAAUGACACUCCCAGACGAAGCACCAUCGUCACUAGAGAGAACUGUGAGCUACUGAGGGUGGAACAGAGGGACUUCAGGAAUAUAUGGCAGAGGAACAAGGAAUUUAUGCAAGACAUGAUUUACAGCUCCACCAGGAAGGAAGCAGCCUCUGGAUCAGUCAUGGAGGAGGGACGGGCACUGUGGCGUCGGGUGGGCUCACGACGUCGACGCUCUGCCACCCCCAGAGAACUCCCACGAGAACCCACCUCCAGGGCAGACGAGGGACGUCGUGGCUCCGCUGUUUCACCCACCAGAGCCGCGUCCUCAUCCCCUGUGAGAGCACCCGGGGGACACCAGCAAAGAAGUAGCUCUAUAUCAGUGCCCAGAGCCUCUAGUACCCUCCCUCGGGGCUUUAACGUUACUCGAGGGGCGUCCAUAGAACACAGUGGUGCGUCACACAAGGGAAGCAACUCGUACAUCGGGCCAUCUACAAGCGAUAGUCACAAUAGGAACAAGAGCGAAUCUCCUUCGCGAGAAUCUUCGUCAAGGGGCUCCACACCCAGGGGCACACCCACCAAGUCGUCACCCGUACAAGGGACUCCUACAAGAGACGGACCCCGGCGACCCAGUCUGACAAGGGCCGCCAGUUUCGACAGCCCCUCCGUCAGUCCACGACGCUCUAGCUUACGUAGCGCGGUACUCCGUCUACGGUGUGAGUCUCAAGACACAGCCGAGGAAGAAGACGAGGAGGAAGUAGAAAACGUCCCAGUGGUGAACUACAGAAGACAAGAGAGGGACGAGGAAGAUGACGAUGAGGAUGAAGACGAUGAGGAGGAUGAGGAUGAGGAAGACGAAGACGAGGAAGAAGAUAUGAGUGAGAGUAAGGAACCAGGAGGUGUGAUGAAUGGCAACGGGGGAGUGAAGGGACGAACGAAGGGGCGUCGGAGGGGUGGAAGGAGGGACCGCACCAAGGUGGAACAGCAGCGCUCUCAGGAACUGGACUCCCCGAGCAACGCCGCUGUACCCAUAGUGGAGGCUCCCAGCACCCGUAUCUGCGAGGCGGCGUGGGUGUUAAGGACCCUCUUGUUGGCACGGGCUCCUCACCUGCUGCGUGAUCGUCGACACCGAGGAUGUCCCCAGCCCAGGUGUGGUGUGGGCACGGAGAUGACAGAGUGGUUGCUGUCUCUCACCUCCACCGUACACUCCAGGUCACAAGCAGCGGGCAUGUGGCAGUCACUGUUAGAGGAGGGCGCCAUCUACCACGUGACGGGGGAGCAGCCAUUUAGGGACAAGUACCUAUUUUAUCGAUUCCUGGAGGACUCAGCUGCAGCCCCUGGAGUACCCCCCAUCACGCCAUCCCCAGCUGAGAGACGGGAUGCUGAGGAUAGACUGACACCCAUCCUCGCCUUCCUCCAACAGCGAGCACCAGACUCCAUGCUCAGAAUGAUUCUCAGAAAGCCGAGCCACGAGCGGACCAUCGAGGACCAGGAACUCAUCUACGAGGAGCUUCUCCACCUAAAGGCGCUCUCCCAUCUCUCCAACUCCGUCAAGAGGGAACUGGCCUCCAUCAUCAAGUUCGAGUCCCACUCCAGGGAAGGCACCAUAUUGUUCCAGCAAGGCUCCGAGGGCAAGUCAUGGUACAUCAUUCUUCGUGGGUCCGUCAAUGUAGCUAUCCACGGCAAAGGGGUCGUCAACACCUUACAAGAGGGAGACGAUUUUGGCAAGUUAGCCCUCGUGAAUGAUGCUCCCAGGGCAGCUACCAUUAUUCUACAUGAGGACAACUGCCAUUUCCUGCGUGUGGACAAGGGUGACUUUAACCGCAUCAUGAGAGACGUCGAGGCCAACACGGUUAGACUCAAGGAACACGGUCAGGAUGUCCUCGUACUUGAGAAGAUCUCCUCCAACGCUCACUCACACUCACACUACAAGUACACAGUGAUGGCAGGGACACCGCAGAAAAUGUUGGAACACCUGCUGGAGACGCGGCUGGACGGUCGUCGAGGCAGCACAGGUGUGGAGGUGGCUGAGCUCCCCCUCAGACGGUGCGACAUGGCCACCACCGACCUCUUCCUCGACGACUUCUUCAUCACCCACAUCGUGUUCAUGCCUUACCCACACCUCACCCAGGAGCUCUUAAGACAUUAUCGUAUAGACAGUCAAGGUAACAGCCAAGAUGAGGAGUUCAUUGUGGCGUGUAAGAGGCGAGUCAUCCACUUUGUCCACCGCUGGGUCAUGACCAUCAAGAGACCGGUCUUCUGUAAUGCUGCCGCCACACAGUUCCUGCAGACGCUGCAGGAGGAGGUAGCCAAGGAUGUGGAGGUCUAUGGGGUGGCCCUGCGAGAUGAAGCCACCCUGAUGCUGAGCGUGGCUGAAGCCUUAGAGCGUCACGAGAGAGAUUGUUCCAGCUCGGGGGUCAGUAAGUGGAAGCUUCCGACUAGCGGACGACCCAUCAGUCUCUUCGGGGUGCCAUCGACAGACGACACAUUGGAUCCGCACAGGGGAAUGCGAGCGCAGGACGACAGUAAGGGCAGCGGCAUGACCCCCGACGUUUCUCUGUCUCACCCCUUGAUGUGCUCUUCCGUUAUCUUUCGUGUGUACUGUGCCGACCAUACCUACUGCACUCUCAGGUUCUCUCUGCAGACUACUAGUGAUGUUAUUAAGAGGUCAGCUGCCGAUAAGUUGGGUCUUCGUCAGGAGAACUUACUGCUGGUGGAGUUAAAGUCUACAGGUGAAGUGGUACCUCUACGGGAGAAAGAGGUCUGCCCUCCUACAGGUCUCACCCUCAAUGGCAGACUCUUCAUCUCGAACAAGGACCACCUCGACGCCCUGAUGCCCCUCCCAGAACAGGAAGGUCCGUCAGAGGGCAGCAUCAACCAACUCGAGAUGUACAGUACCCGGGAACUGGCCUACCACAUCACCCUUCACGACUGGGAUCUCUUUAGCGCCAUCCACGAGUAUGAGUUCCUGUAUCAGGUGUUCGGACGUGACCACUUCGGGCAGGUCAUGUGUAACCUGGAUGUAUUCUUACGCCGGUUCAAUGAGAUACAGUACUGGGUGGUGACGGAGAUCUGUCUUGCUAAUGCACUGUCUAAACGUACCCAACUACUCAGGAAGUUCAUCAAAUUGGCAGCUUACUGUAAGGAACACCAAAAUCUGAACGCUUUCUUCGCCAUCGUCAUCGGCUUGAGCAAUGUUGCAAUCUCACGCCUCACACAGACCUGGGAGCGACUGUCAUCAAGGUUUCGUAAGAUGUACACAGAGUUUGAGAUGUUGAUUGACCCAUCGAAGAACCAUCGCGCGUACAGAAUCUACGUGGCCAAACUCCUCCCACCUAUCCUGCCUUUCACACCACUCCUGAUGAAGGAUAUGACUUUUACACAUGAAGGAAACCGCACCCUAAUGGAAGGUUUGGUCAACUUUGAGAAGAUGCACAUGUUGGCACAGACACUGAGGACUAUUCGGUACUGUCGUUCCCGGCCACUAGCCCUCGAGGUUCCGGCAGUGCCUAAAAAUGAAAAUGAAAUCCGAGUGUAUGUGAGGAACCUUCAGGUGAUUGAUAACCAGCGCCGCCUGCUGGUUCUCUCCCAGCGGCACGAGCCUAAGAGACCAUGAGUAGAGAGAAGAAAGACGCAGCCGUCUUUCAGUUGAAAAACAUAGAAGAAUUACAGUGUCCAUCAAGUAAAACAGGAAGAAGUGCCCAUAAUUUUACCAGGUGAUGUGUUGUGUUGUGUUGUCGGGUGAAAGUCCACAGAGUGAGAGAGAGGUUAUAGUGACCACUUUCCAGGGAGACAUUCUCUUAUUUUCUAGUGGUAAUUUCUUCACUUCCAAGCACUGCUGAUCAACACGCAGAGUGCACAUAUUGUAAUUAUGGAUUUAGGCAGAACGGUGCUAUGAGAAGAUAAUUUAAAUGAAGCUCAACACGGGGAGUCCAACUAGUACGUAAACGCUUUAAAGUUGAGCCCAAGAACCAUUUGUUUUUUGGGGGGGAAAAUCAAAACCACAAGAAGUGAAAACUGUCUUGGUUAAAUGUAACAAUGAUGCCUGAUCAUAGAAGGUGCAUAAAUGAAUCUAUCUGGAAGUCAUACAAAAGACAAUACCACAACAGGUAUGAGAAGAAACACUUGUCAUUACCUUAAGUCAAAGUGUCGACCCGAGCAGCUGCAGACAGAGGGUGAAGUACUGCCCGGGAGACAAUUGGUGCUGCAGCAGGAAAUAAGAUAAAUUACCCGGUAGUGUGUAAAUUGUCUAUUACUUAGAAACAGAAAUAAAUCUCAAUUAUAUAAUGAGAGAAGAAGUGUAGUUAAGAACAUGUCAGAAGUUCAUGAAAGAGAAAAGUGGAAAUUAAUACAGUUUUCAGAGCAUCAACAUUGUACAUAAUGUAUAGUUAACUUAAGCCCUAGUAUUACCUUGUACAAUACUGAGUUUAUUACUAUGAAGAUUUUGAUAACGAAAACUAAUUCAUAAUUGGAUGUUUUGACCACUUUAAUUAGCUGUUGGCGAUUUUGAAUAAGUAUGAUUAGGAUAAUGGUAAAGAUUCUAUAUUUAAAGUUUAUAAACAUUAAUGCCACCCAGCAAAAAAUAACACAGCUUGUGAUAACUUCCUAAUAAAUAUCAUAGAGAAAAUCAAAUAUUAGGAAUUCAUUUAAUAAGCUUUAUUUUUACACAGUUGAAAUAUUCAUAAAUUAAAUUAUAAACCUAAGAAUUAACUCAAACUGAACGAUAUCAUCCUCAAUCUGAACAAAAAAAUAAGACAAAUUGUUCUAUUCUUUAACAUUAACCAUAAAAGUUAAGAUUUUUUCAGAUUAACAUAUAGUUUUUAAGUAUGACUUUGAUAAUCAUUUAUAUUUGUAUUUAUGUCUGUGAUGUAAACUUGAGAACAUGUACAGCAGUAUGAUAAUAUUUUUUGUAGAUGAUACUGUAAUUUCUAGAACUAAAAAACUGAGACUUAAAAUGUAUAUAAGUUAAUAGCUGAUGUUAAUAUAUGUACAAAGUUAAUAGCUAUGAGUUAACAUCAGCUGCCAUGUAACAGGGUCCAAUAGGUUUGUUAACUGGUUUACUAUGCUUGUAUUGGUGCCAACUACGUGAGUGAUGUGGGCUACUGUUGGUAUGCUGGUUCACUAGUGGUACUCUGGUUCAUUAGUGGCACUCAGGGUAUUACAGUACUCCCAGUUAAUAGUGGCACUCAGGGUAUUAUCAGUACUCUGGGUCAAUAGUGGCACUCUGGUUCAUUAGUGGCACUCAGGGUAUUAUCAGUAUUUUCGGUCAAUAUUGGCACUCCGAGUGACAAUAAAUACUUCUGGUUUAGCCUACGGAAGUGCCGGUAUGACUGUGACAAGAGUUGAUGGAUUGAUUGUGUUGUAUUGCAGACUGGAGGAAGACCGUGAGUGUAUCACCAUCUGCAGUGCAGUGAGGCAGGAGGAGUAGCAUAGAAAGGAACCAUUCACUGGAACUUUUUCAUAAUACACAAUAUUUUGGAAACGUCCCUAAGGUUUGGUCAGUGGAUGAGUUACCUGCGAGAUGCCACUUGUUGAUGUUAUAAUGUGUUACUGUGUUUUAAAUAACUAAGAUUCUUAAGUGAGUGUUCUUAGGUUCACUGUUUGUCCAAGUGAUUAAAGUUCCAGCAGCAAAGUAACAGUCCUAUCUGGUUAUUAUGUGUUACUCUCUCACAUCUGCUCACCCAAGGAGUUGAGGAUUGUUAAGCAGAGCAUUGAACUCUGACUCAGUAGGUGAUUUGAAACACAACAAAUUGACAAGUCACUGUGCCUGAACACUAAGACCAAUUCUUCCUCAUCUGGAAACCUCAAUCAACCAUUAUAUGGGACCCUUAGCUCUGACCCUUCACCACUGUCAGUAUAUAGUACUCUUCAACACCUUGUGGAUCUCUCCGGGUAUGAGUGCUAUGUUCACUCUGUUUCUUUACUUGGUGGCUGUAACAUUCUUAACAGUGUUUAUAUAAUAUACUGUAGCAUCUUUACUAUGAGGUGAACAGUGGGUGUGACUAUUAUGUCAUGUUUUUGUUAUUCUUUUAGUAGGUGUUGAUGUUUUCACAAGGUAGAACCAUGGGAUGCGUGAUGGUGUAUCAAAUGUUUAGGAGACUUUUCCAAUCUGUAUUGCUCAAGAUGCUGUACACACAUCUGCUGAGACUGCCUUGGGAGCUCUGUCAUUUUCUCAGUCAGUUAAGCAUGAAAUAAAAUGGUUCAAUGACUUGUCAGCUUUCUGGCUUUUGCAACAAACACCAAUGGGGUUAAAUUCAUUUGGUCUGUUUCAGUAACCCCAGUUUAUAGAACCACCAGUUGUUUGUCAACCAUUUGUACAGUAUAUUGAUAUUUUUAUUUAUUUUUUCCUCAAUUCAGUCUUAAUAGAGUUAUUUGACACAUGCAUCUCAGACCAAGGUACUGUACACAAGCCAUAGUAAAAGAAUUCAUUGCCAUAAAAUCAAGUUCCUAUCCCGCCGUCUGAGCCUGAUAGAUACGGGAAGCGCCUAACAGAACCGAGGACCAAACAAGGCCCAGCAGAAUAACACGUUCAGACAGUGCUGCCUGACCACUCUUCCCCUGAGGCUGUUGAGCAGGACAAUGUUGCCUGUUGACAGAACACAAGACAUCCUGGACUAGAGAGGCACUGCCAAUGGGUUGACGUUAGAGAGCAUCAUCUUAUAAGCUGCUUGUUUUUCUUCCUCAUCCAUAAAAUAGGAUAUUACAUCUUAGUCUUUUGUCUUAUUCAUAAACAAAUUUAAUUUUUCCUGAACUCUUAGCUUGUGUUGAUCUCCAUGUUAACAUUCAGUUAGUCCUACUUUGUCUUAUAGAUUGUACUACAGUAUUUGAAUAUUCCCAGAGAGUAGCAACAAUCACGGUGUGUUAUUGGUAGUACCUGUUGCCGCAGUUUGGAUUUUGUACACACUUUUCUUCUCGUAUUCCUCUGCCAUUUUGCGUGUUGUCUCCUCUUCGCCAACAAGCUACAAAUUCAUCCCCGUUGCCCCUUCAGUGUGAUGACUUAUCAUUUGAGUACGAUAACUUAAACCAUUGAGUAUGAUGACUUAACCCAUCUUAAUCAAUAAACUAAUUUACUGUACUCAUGGGGGGGGGAGGGUGUUGGCAUCGCACUGAAAGGGUUAACUGCGGAGCACAUGUAAAUUGUCUAUAUCAUCUAUACACCUGAAAAAAAAUUGCAGUCAUGAUUUUAGGCUCAGCUAGAAGGCAAACUAUAUUUGUUUACAUUACCGUAUGAUUGUAAAGACCCUCGUUUGUAUCAUAGUUCAGUAUCUAAUUUGAUACAACCGUCCAUCACCUCAUGUUAAUUAACCCCUUGUCUCACUAAAUUACAUAACAGGAUUUAGUGUAAUAUUUUUCCUGUAUUGAAGAUAUUUUGGUGCAGUCCAGUAUCCAGAAAACAACUCCCUGUAAUAUUAACACACAAAGGUUCCAAAUCUAAUAUGAAUAAAAAAAGUUGUGCCACAAGUUUUAAACAGAAGGUAUUCAUGGCAAGGAAAGAUUUGCAAGAAUUAGAUUUAAUAUUUGUUUGGCAAGAAUUUGAAAAUGUUGGGAGCAUUUUUUGCUAUAUUUUCCUCUAGGUUUUUAAGGAUCCAAAUUCACAUUGUUAGGUUAAUCCAUAGAGAUGUGUAUGUUCAGAUUCUUUGUUUAGUGUCACUAUUUCAAACAUGAUGAUCUAAGUAACAUAUGGAAACAAAAGCCUUCAAUAACAAAUUGAAAACAGUCAAAAGCAAUUGUUUUCCCCCAAGUGACUGGAAUAAAUUAUUCAUCGUUUCGCCUGCAGUAGAUUAUUCCAUUCUUGACCUUGGUCCGUCCUCCUUCAUGGGUGUCGUCAGUGUGUGAGGCAUUGUUCCCUCCAGUUUUCAGAAACUGUCCACUGUUCUAAAGCCCGUCCUUACCUUAGUGCUAGAGCCAGAGCUACCAUAUAUACAUAAGACCCCGUCCUUCAUCUUGAAGCAAUACUACUGUACUUUACUGUACAGGCACUCCCCGAGUUAUGAAAAGUUGACUUAUGAACACCGUCACUUACGAAUGGGAUCCCAAUACAUUCAUCACAAUAAUCUGAAACUAAAAUCCUGUUUUUUAAAUUUAUUUCAUUAUUCUAUAUUGUUUAACAUCACUUUAUUUACAUUUGUUAUGUAUGGGAUAUUAAUAUAUAGGCAGGGUUGUGCUUUAACUUAACCUAUCCUAAGGAAUUAGCACUGUUCUGACGUAUGAAUAUUUAGACUUACAAACAGGAUCCAUGAACAUAACCUGUUGGUAACUCGGGGACUGCCUGUAUAUGACUAUCGUUUCUUUUCUCCUUCAGUGUGUGAAAUUACAUAUCCCUUAGGGGGAUGAAGGUUUGUUCUCACAGUUCGUAAACACAAAUCACUUAAUUAUAGUGUAAGUAUAUGAGCAUAUUUAGUGUUAAUGCUUGUUCAAAAACUGAUAAAUUAUUUGUUGUUAGGAAAAUUAAGCUGACAACUUUCACUGGCCAAGUUAUAUAUGUUUUUUUUUUAUUAUUAUUGUUGUACUGCCUUAAAAGUUAGGUAAAUCCAUGUCAGGACGCACAAACACACACUUUUGGCUUUGCCUGAAGUCUGUAAUUGUGUUGAGAGAAUUGUAAUACCUUUUGUCUGUAGUGUAGUAAGAAUUUACUCAAGCCAGAAAUAUAAGACAAGGCUUUUAAGGUAAUAUUAUAAAGUGAAGGCCAAACAUUAUCCCUCCUCUCUCUGUCCAUCUCACAAUGAUAUACGUAGUAUAUUUUAACUCAUCUACACAAGACAUACAAAUUAUUAAAGAAUUACUGUAACAAUAUUUCUCCCUAUAUUCCCUUAUUGUACAUUUAUUUUAUUUUGAUUCAGUUUCCAAGGACUAAUAUUAAUCUGAUAGUGUAAACAUUGACAAUAAACUUAACAACAUCUUAAAGAAACACAGAUGUUAUGUUUAUUUUUCUUUAUGAUAUUCUGCAGAAAAAAAUGUUAAGUUGAAGUCAUGACGGAAAAUAUUCACACUUUAUAUACUUGAUGAGACUGUAUACAGUAGUUCCAUAACUAUAUUUUAUAAGGAGAAUUAAUGUUAAUUCUUUUACCUUGGAAGAUUACAGCCAGUAAAUAACCUUCAAAGAUUAUAUGCAGAACUUCACCCCAAUAAUCAAUUAACUCCCGUACGUUUUGUUUUAAAAAUAUAUGAAAUAGAAUGCAUUACAAUUCUCAAGUAUAGUUUAUAAUCAAUUUAUGGUCACUUAUGUCAGCUCUAUACAACAUUGAAAAAUAUUAAAACAGUGGUAAUCAUAUAUAUCUUGAGUCGUUAGUGAUGUAUUGGUACUGUAUAUGCAAAUGGUGAGCAGCAAUAUGAGCUGUGCCUGACCCUAUAAAUCAUAAUGACUGAAUGUAUUAUGUUAAAUGUCCAAAUAUAUACAGUAUAUAUAAACAUAAUAAUAGAACAACAUUUUGAAUGGCUUUUUGUCUCUACUAUUGUAAGAUAAUAAAAAAAAUUUGGUGUUGGUAUACAGAGUCGUUGAAAAAGAAUACAUAUAUUUUAAGUGUUUACACUGUAUUAUAUGAGAAGCUGGGUAUUGUUUUUCAAGGACCCUCUGUAUACAGUAAAGAUCGUAUGUAUAUCCGCUACAGAAAGUAUCUAUAAGGUGGGGUCUGAGGGAUGUCAAAAUGAACACUGAUUCCUGUUGUCUCGGUAGUGUUGUCAAAAUCCUUCGCCCGUUGUGUCAUAUUGUCUAGCCCUAAAAAUCUGCAGAUACUUUUUGCAGUGAGUGUACCUCUUACUUAUACCAGAAUUUUGAAUACAUAUUUCUUUUCACUUUUAAAAAUCUAUACUGUAUUGUAAGGUGGGAUAUUUGUCUACUCUCUUAUUGAAGUUCAUGUUUACUGUAUAUUUUCUUAUCUUCACUUUCUCUUUCUCUCUUUUUCUAUGCAUCUGUUCUUUAUUUACCUCAUUUCUUGUACAGUAUUUCACUCAUCUUCACACUGUUAUCUUCCACCUCUCUCUUAAGGUCUAUAUUUACUGCAUAUUAUCCCUUUCUUUCUCUUUUAUUGCCAUAUAUCUUUAUUUUCCUCAAACAUAGCCUAUAUUUCACUUGUCUUUCACACUACUGUCAUCUUGCUCAAAUUAUGCCAAGAAUAGAAUCAUAUCAAUGUCAUGUAUAGCUGUGUAUAUAUGUGCGUCAUCGUGUGUGUGUGUGUGUGUGUGUAUGUGUCCUUGAGAAAGAAUCUUUUUCUUUCCCAUUUCUUUCACUUUUUGAUGUUGAUGUUUUAAGAUAUUGUAAAGACACAUAUGUUUAAAUCUUAAUAUAGAGUACCCAGAUGAAUAUUUCUAUUUCCAUUUUUGCAGUCUUCACAAUAAAAAAGGUAACUUCUUU